AUGCUUAACAGAACCAUCGCUAAAAGAACUCUGGCUACCGCUGCACAGGCGGAACGCGCCCUGCCCAAGAAGUAUGGUGGGCGUUUCACUGUUACGUUGAUACCAGGUGAUGGUGUUGGAAAAGAGAUCACUGAUUCAGUGAAAACAAUUUUUGAGGCUGAAAAGAUCCCUGUUGACUGGGAGACUGUAAAUAUCAAGCAAACAGAUCACAAGGAGGGUGUCUAUGAGGCUGUUGAAUCUUUGAAGAGAAACAAGAUUGGUUUAAAAGGGUUAUGGCAUACUCCUGCCGACCAAACAGGCCAUGGGUCUCUAAAUGUUGCUUUACGUAAGCAACUGGACAUUUAUGCCAAUGUGGCCCUUUUUAAAUCCUUAAAGGGUGUGAAGACAAGGAUUCCAGACAUAGAUCUGAUUGUCAUUAGAGAGAACACAGAAGGUGAGUUUUCAGGUCUGGAACACGAAUCUGUUCCUGGUGUAGUGGAAUCCUUGAAGAUUAUGACCAGACCAAAGACGGAAAGAAUCGCUAGAUUCGCUUUUGAUUUUGCCAAGAAAUACAACAGAAAAGCUGUUACCGCUGUACAUAAGGCUAAUAUCAUGAAAUUAGGUGAUGGCCUUUUCAGGAACAUUAUCACUGAGAUUGGUCAAAAGGAGUAUCCUGAUAUUGAUGUGUCGUCCAUCAUCGUCGACAAUGCCUCUAUGCAAGCAGUGGCUAAACCUCAUCAGUUUGACGUCCUCGUUACCCCUUCAAUGUACGGUACCAUAUUAGGUAAUAUCGGCGCUGCCUUGAUCGGUGGUCCAGGUUUGGUGGCAGGUGCCAAUUUCGGUAGGGACUAUGCUGUCUUCGAACCAGGUUCCAGACAUGUUGGUUUAGACAUUAAAGGCCAAAACGUUGCCAACCCAACUGCCAUGAUCCUUUCCUCAGUGUUAAUGUUGAACCAUUUGGGGUUGAAUGAAUAUGCCACCAGAAUCUCAAAGGCUGUUCAUGAAACCAUUGCAGAAGGUAAGCAUACCACUAAAGAUAUUGGUGGUUCUUCCUCUACUACCGAUUUCACAAACGAAAUCAUUAACAAAUUAUCUACCAUGUAA